CGCUGUGUCCUGCAUAGAGACUCGUAGGAAGUUGCAUCAGGCAGAUUAUCUACAGCCGCUCCCUGUUUCGACAAAUAACUGCAAAUCUAAAACUCUGCAAUCGGCUGUGACCGCCGGAAUCUUUCAUCUGUUGAAGUUAUCGCAGUAAUAUCGCAUGUCCAAUAUACAGAACCUCCAAUCUUUCGAUCCCUUUGCUGAUGCAACUAAGGGUGACGACUUGCUCCCGGCUGGGACAGAGGAUAAAAUCCACAUACGGAUACAGCAGCGGAACGGCCGCAAAACACUGACUACAGUGCAAGGAAUCGCAGAUGAUUAUGAUAAAAAGAAGCUGGUGAAAGCCUUCAAAAAGAAAUUUGCCUGCAAUGGUACAGUGAUCGAGCAUCCAGAGUAUGGAGAGGUGAUUCAGUUACAGGGUGACCAGAGGAAGAACAUCUGCCAGUUUCUGUUAGAGAUCAACAUCGUAAAGGAGGAACAGUUAAAGGUUCACGGUUUUUAAAAUGAUUGCCCCUCCUGGGGAUUGUAAAGGACUGCACCAGCAUGUAGCAAUCCUAGUACCUUCAUUUCAGGGUUUUUUGUGACCAUAUGCUAUCAAUGCAGACCGCAUUAUAAAGCGCUGCUUUUUUUUUUUUUUUUUUUGCAAUCAUUCCAAGCUCAAAUCUUCAUAAUGACCUCAAGCAGACCACGUAUUCCAGGCUGGUCUGGUUUAGACUCUGAAUCUUUGUUGCCAAUUCUAGUUGACGUUUUACGAUAGACACAAUUGCACGAUAUCUUUUUAUCAGACAAUAAAAGUUAUGACUUUGCA